GGGGUUUAAUCUAAAAAAUACAGUAAGAGGUUUAUCAGCUCCCCGAAAUCGGUUGUUUUAAAUAUCGUCAUGCAUGAAAGGGUAAAACGAUACGCUGUUGUGAUUUUCCAUUUUGUUGUGUUUACAUUUUCUACAAGACGGAAAUAUCGGAUUGAACACGGUUGUGGCGUACCUGCGUGUGCAAACUUCUAUUGCAUUUCGGGACAAUAUCGUUAAAACGUCGAUGAAUAUUUGCAAUCGUUAUUGUGUGUAUCGUUCUCUCAUCAACACAUUGCUAAUCCGUGCUACAACCACUUCAAACUUAGGCCUUGCUUUACAAAACCAAACCGUUUGCAAGAGUACUGAUUUUUCGCAACACUGCUAUAGCACUAUGUCUACUAAAUUUCCCAAACUAAAGUUUCUAAACCAGCAAGAGGCGAUAAACAUUGACCAGGAACUAUUUAAUGAAUACAAAUUCAGUGUGGAUCAGCUUAUGGAAAUCGCUGGUUUAAGUUGUGCUCACGUCGUAGCUAAUGCAUAUCCUCUAUCAUCAGGAAGUGGAAAAGUGUUAAUUAUUUGUGGACCAGGUAACAACGGCGGUGACGGCUUGGUUUGUGCUCGCCAUUUAUCUUUAUUUGGAUACGAGCCACACAUUCUCUAUCCCAAACGACCCAAGAAACCUUUAUUUGAAGCCUUGACAACUCAAUGCGAGAAAAUGGGAUUGCAUUUUCUCACUGAAAUGCCAUCUGCCAAAGAUAUCACAUUAAAUUACAGAUGUGUUGUGGAUGCUAUAUUUGGCUUUAGCUUUAACAGCAAAUCAGGAAUACGAGCACCUUUCGAUGACAUCAUUGCAACACUUGUGACUCUGGAUAACCAUCCGAUCUGUAGUGUUGAUAUUCCAUCAGGUUGGGACGUGGAAGGUGAUGUGAAAGAAAAUUCCCUAAAACCUGACUGUUUGAUAUCCCUAACAGCCCCAAAACUUUGUGCGAAACAAUUCAAAGGAACUUUUCAUUAUAUUGGGGGCAGAUUUGUACCCAAAGCACUUGCUGAAAAGUAUCAGCUCAAUUUACCCAAUUAUCCUGGUACAGAUAGUAUUUUGAGACUAUGAAAACUUACAACACUUUAUUUGCAUUUUGUGAUCUGUGUAACAUUAUUUUGUUAUUGCAUACAGUGCAUUCAUCAUGUUCCUGAAAAUGCUUAUAUUAUAUCAUUGCUACAAAUAGUACACAUAACAAGAUAGAACUGUCAAUAAAAUUACAUGAUUCCAA